AUGGGUACAGGCCAAGAUACGGCUGUAAUUAUCCCACAGGAUGUCGAUCAGCAGCGGCCGCCCGCUCCUGUCCCUGAGACAACAGAGAAUAUAGAAUCCCCCAUCGACAAGAUCACCCAUUCCAUUGAACAUAUGCAGCUUGGCUCUACACUUCCCAUCGCUCUCGUCAAUGCCCCUACCACUCCCCCCGAUGCGCCCAUGUCCAGCGGUGGAUCAGGAUCUUCGACCGAAAUAAACGAUCACCUCACACCCCUUCCAAAGCCCAAGACACAUCAGGAGAGGCCUUCGUUUAUACGGAAGAGUUCACUCUCCCCUCGCAUGUCCGCUCUACCCAACUUUUCAUCACCACCUCUACAAAGUCUUAGUGAACUUCUUGUUAGCCCACCUUUUCCAGAUGACUACGAUCAAGGUCAAUCCUACUUCCCUCCUUUCUCCCAACAUGCAUCCUCUUCAUCGUCCUCCCAACUCACCACGACGCUCGAUUUUUCCCUCGAUUCAGCGACAUCUAUCCCAACCCCACGUACUCCAAGCGAUCAUGGGCUGCCAGUGAAGGCAGCUUCAGAUUCCGGUACUUUUGCAUUAGCACGACGGUCUAGCACGACCCGUGGUCCUCGUAUCAAGAACACAGGCGGGAUACUAGCUCCUCAUGGCUCCUUCACAUCAUCCCGUUCUCGAUCUUCAACUAUCAGUUCCAACUCUCCCCGAUCCUCGAUAACGACGGUCUCAGCUAAGACUGAACCCCAUAGCUCCUCGCCUCAUGAGAUGGACCCUCGAGAGAGUGAGAAGCUAUUCAAAGCUGCUUCCAAAGGAGAUCAGUUAGCUAUGCACAGGCUGGGUUGGCGUCCUGCAAAACUGAAUCAUCGCCAUACUCUAGGCUCGACGGAAGAUAUAUGGGGUGGCUAUCAACCUCCAUCAAGUACAAGACGUUCAUCUGGCUCCUCCCAGGCGUCUCUGCCUCCUACAACUUCGACUCCAGAAAGUACCUCAUCUCCAGUCAUUCCACCCACAACCCAUUCGUAUACUCAGUCCGAUCUUUUCUCAGAUGCCGUGAAUCUCACACUACGAUCUAAUGCGUCGACGAGGAAUCGCAAUGCUAGUGCCACGACUACCAAUUCAACUCCACGUAAGCCCUCCAGUAAGGGAACCAAGUAA